AUGGCCGAAGCUUUUGGCAUCGCCGGCAGCGCUUUUGGGACAGUCUCCCUGGGAAUCCAGCUAUUCACUGACAUAUCCAAAUAUCUCGAUAGCGUUGAUGGCCGGGAUGGAGAUCUCGAGCGCGCAAAGAAUUAUGCGCAGGACUUUCAUUCAUCCUUAGUCGCACUGAGGACAUGGGCCUCCAUUACUGGAUUUGGCGAUACUAACCUCGAAAGAGCGAUCAACCAUGGCCAGGCCAAUUGUGCGGGCGCCAUCAAGAAUUUGUCAGCGAUGGUUGCAGAAUUAAAAGGCCAGGACCCUUUCCCUAACAGUCGCGCUUCAAAAGCCAAGGCAAUCUAUGUCAAACUCAAAUAUCCAUUCAAAAAGCAAAAUCUGGAGAACUUGGAGAAGCAAUUAUUCGAUACAAUCAGCGUUCUGAAGUUCGCUUUGCUUAUUUUGCAAGUCGAUCAGAAGGACUAG